GUUGGUGAUGUCGAAUGCCCUUUUCAUUGGCGGGGGAGCUGUGUGGCAUGCAUCGGGCCCUCAUACCUCCGGGUUGCCUGUUUCCGCUACCGAGGAAGGAGACGCCCGAGGUGGUUGUGUCCUACUGCAUUCCCUACCGGGUUGGGAGCUGCCCCCUCCUGUCCGUGCUGCCCUCCAGUGUUCGCUUCCGUGAAGACAAACUGGACUGCGUUAGUCUGCGGCUACUCGGACAGUUUACGACUCUAUUCUUGGGCACCAGUUUGAUUGAAGCCUACUUGAAGCAGGUGGGCACCACAUACUGCCAGAGCAAGAGGUUGAAGAUAUCCAUGAAUACACCAGCCAGUCGGUCAGCACAAGUCUUCAGUACUCAGCCAGGAAGAACUGCGUUCAGAUCGGUCAAAAGUAAUUUUCUGUUCAAGAAUAUGAAGGAACAAAAUUCAAAUCAACUAACGUUUGAUUUUGUGGCACUCUGUCUGGAAGAUUUGGGGCCACUAUAUCAAAAUUGGUUUGAAGAACUAACUUUGUCAGCUUGUUCUGGCCAGUUUAAACAACCUGGAGCUGAUGUUCAAAUUGCUACAUCUGGUCACAAUAAUGAUUACUUCAAAACACCAUGGCAGAAACAGAAUUUACAUAGUCAACUAGAACGCACUCCAUUAAUCUUCAGUGGUUUCCCUUUAAUAACUUCUUCAGUAUGCACAUCUGAACAAAGGAAUGAAAAAAGUAAGAUGAAGCCAGAAAAUAGUUCUGCUUUGAUACAAAGAGCUGCACCUCCAAAUCAGGGAAGCCAACAUAAAACCUCAAGUCCUGUCUGUGAUGUUUCUAUAAUGAAAAGCCCUGCCGUAUUGAACAGUACUUGCAGGACUCCACAGCAUAUCCAUGUCACUCAAGAUGAUAGAAGUUUGUUUUUCGGUUCUCCGGUAGCAAGUAAGGUCAUGUCAGAACAGAUUUUAGAAAGCCUUGGAGCUGAGAUGGAUCCAGACAUGUCUUGGACUAGUUCAUUAGCAACUCCUCCAUCAUUAACUCCAACUGUUAUUAUUUGUAAAGCCAAGGAAAGUGAAUUGCUUCAAGACAAGGUUAAAGAAGUACAAAUGCCUCUGUUUUUACACAGUAACUUAAACAAGGAGUGUAAUGCAUCUGGUUUUGGACAAUGCAUGCUACCUGUAACUGGGGAGGAGGAAAAUGAAGAAAUUGAAGAGGUUAAUCAGAGUUGUAAUCUCACCAUUUGCAGAAAAAACAAAGAUGGUGCUUCUCAUGAAAAUAUUUUGUGCGUUGAUUUCAACGAGACCAGUGGGAAACGUGUGGAAGCAAAACAAAGUUUACAAGAUGGAAGUCUGCUUUUGGACAGAUCUGACAAAAUAGAAGAUGACACAACAUAUCAGUAUCUUAAAGAUGAAGCUGUUGAUAAGCUAUCACGUACUUUUAAUAAUGACAGUUGUUGGGAUAAUUUUGUGACGCCAUUGAACAGAACUUCUCAAAACAAGAAGCGUAGAAUCUUUGCCACAGCUUGUCGUACAGUGGCUGAAAGAUUAAGCAUGGAAUCUGAAAUGAUGAUGACUAAUAGUUUUGAUGUACAAGGUAAAGAUGCAGAGGAGAAGAGUGCACCUGCAGUUAUUAAUUAUGUUCAAGCAGAGAAGGUAAAUGUGUCUGACAAUACUGUUAAACAGCAUAAUGGGAAAUCUGAUUUUGAACCUUUAGCUGAUAAAAAACAAAGUUCUGUGCAUCAUGAUGUCGGUGAAAUCAAAUUUAAAGACAAAAAUUCUCUUGGUCAUUUUGACAAUAUGUGUAUUACACCAUUUUCUGACCAGUUAUCAACAAAUGUAAUAACCAGCACAUCAGUUGUAAUUCACACACUGUCAUCUCAUCCUUCCUGCAGGGUUUUACAUAAAACAGAACAAUUUUGCCCUGAUCCUGAAAACUGUAACAGAACUUUGAAGAAUCAGUCCAGUGCCUCUGAACUUCAAGUAAAACAAAAUAUAGAAACAGUAUCAAUUUGUUUGAGCCAAGAGCAACAUUUUGAGAGAAGUCUUGUUGUGGAAAAGGAGUUGUUAAAUGCAAAUCAAAGAUCUGACUUGCAUAAUUUAUUAGGAAGUGAAAAGGGGAAGUGCUCUGAAACAAAUCUUCACAUUCAGAAUAGAAAAAUUGCAGUGUUGGCAUCCACCUUGAAGACUAGAAAAUUGAAAGCUGCCAUCAGUGAUGCGUUCUUGGUUUCUUCAACUAUAUUGCCUGAAUAUGAACUAGGUUGCAAAGACAACAUACCUGCAAAAGCCGGGAAAGUACAACAUAAUUUGUCCAGUUCUGCUCCAUAUGGUCUUGGAAUGCAUUGGAACAAAUCAUCUGAGUCAUCAAGUAAUUUGCACAACAAAACAAGAACAGAUCUUCCUGCAUCUGUUACGAAAACAGAACUGCAUAAGCUAGCUGAAAUAACCCAGUCUUCACACAACAUUGAACCAUAUAAAGAAGAGAACACUGAUAGAACAGAAUUGAAAUCUGGAGGUCCUGGAGCAGAUUUAAACUCUGUAAUGAAAAAGGAAAUUUGUGCAGUGUUGGAAAGCACCAAGAACCUGAUACCUGAGCCUUAUAAUUAUGGAUCUUCCAACAGAGAUCUUCCAGAGCAUUGCACAGAAAGCUCCUCACAAGAGAAAUUAUGCAAAAAGAUUAAAAAUGACAAUCUAGAAGCAAGUUCUGCACAGGCAGUCAUCCUUAAGUUAGUCACUUCAAGAAAUACAUUUGAGAAUCAAGGCAAUUGUCCAAUCUCCUCAAUUAAUCCAGAAAUUAAAACUAAGUCUCCAGAGCCCCAGAUUAGCAUGGAAGUGGUAAAUCAGUCAUCAUCAACUUUGACAAAAGUGCACACUUUUGAUUCCUUUGUACCUUUAGCACAGAAAAAUAUGGAUGGUGACUACAAAUAUUUGACAGCUAGUCAAGCAGAAGAUGUGAGCAAACUUUUUACUAUGUUGGAGGACACCAAUAGCCAAUUUGAAUUUACACAGUUUGGAAAGGAGUCUGCAGUCAGUGAUGUGGACAAGAGUACCCACUUGCUCAUUGAGCAAUUAGAUUGUACUCAUCCAUCUGCUUUGGAUAAGAAACAGGAUGUUAAUUCUUCAAUAGAAUUGAAUAAUAAGCUUUGUAACUCACAACCACCAACAAAGUUUUCAGAAACCCUGAUUAGUUCUGAAAUCUAUCAGCAGACCACAGAAGAAAUGGACAAAACCAUACCAAAUAAACUUGUUGCUUCCUUUGGCUUUAUCGGUAAAAAUAAAGAAAUUACAGCUUUUACAGUACCAAACUUCCACAUAAAUUCAUUGGACAGUGUUAAAAUUCAUACAGACACAAUGUUUAAUAGUGUAAAUCCACCUCUGAGAGAUAAAGUGAAUUUUAAAGGUUUUUGUACAGCAAGUGGGAGUGCAAUCAAGCCCUCUGCUGAGAGUUUGAGAAAAGCAGAAAAUAUUUUCGGGGAUAUUGGCAAUGACUUUGAUAAAACUAAUGUUCAAGUACUUGAAACUGAUGCUUUAAGUUACUUAUUAAGCAAUUCUGUUAGUGGGUCUAAAGAGAUAACUGAAGAUAGAUUAGGUGAUAUAGAGACUGUAAAAAGCAGUGAGUCAAAUCUGCUGCAUCCACCUCUCUUCAAUUUAAGCAGUAAAAAUAGUCAGGAUAGCAUUUUGCAAAAUGAGAAGAUAGUGAAUAGUGAUAGAAAAGAUGAUUUUCAGAUAGAUGGCACUGGGUCUGCCAACAUACUGGAAGAUGCUUCUCUACAAGAAGCAAUGUACUUAUCCACGAAGCACAGUGUCUUGGAAAAGUCUGAUAGCAUAGGUGUUGUGAAACGUGGUAGAAUGAAAAACACAGUUUGGGAAAAGUAUAUCCAUCAAUCUGAUUGUAGUAGUGCAAAAGAAAGAGAAGAUAUGGAAUUUGGUAGUAAGGUAGAAUUAUCUGAUGAUCACUUAUUGUCCAGACCUUCUGCUAGCCACAUUAGGUCUUCAGAUAAAGCUAUAAAUAUUGAGGAGAGUAAUGAUCUUGCACGUUUCCAGAUUGCCAAUGGUAGGGGAGUCAGUGUCCCCAAAACUGACCUGCUUAAGACCAAAGACUGCUGCAAUGAAAAUUUGCAAAAGCCCAAGCUGCCUAUAGAAAUAGAAAAAAAUGCCUCUCAACUUAAUAAGCGGAUGAAUGCUUCUCAAAUUCAUUUAGGAAAAAUUGAUGCAGAGGAGCAAUUAAGUGAUCAAAAACAAACUUGUCAGCCUGUACCAAAUCAUUCGGUUUCUGUUGCAUUUAUAGCUCCAAAUGUUGAAAACUCUGAACUCUGUAACUCAUUUAGAAAUAGAGAAGAAUUAACUAAUGCACCAUUUAUUGCAAGAGAAACUGCAAUAAAAGGAUUCCAAACUGCUAGUGGCAAGAUGGUUAAUGUCUGCAAAGCGUCUCUUGAUAAAGCCAAAGCUCUGUUUGCUGAGAAGGAUCUUUUGAAUGAAGCAAAACAUACUAUGAAAGAUAUUUCAAAAGAAUCUCUUCAUGCAAGUAAUAGCACUACACUGAUUCAGAAUGCUAUUAAAAGUGGAACAGUGAAACAACUGAAAGAUAACCAUAGUCAUGUGAAUUCUAAAAGUCAUAGUAGGUUCCAUGAUUUUUCUAAUCAAAGUGAGCAUAUAUUUGAUUUGGAUCUAGAUACUAAUAUAGAAAUGAAAGGUUUCCAAAUGGCUAGUGGUAAACAAGUCAGUGUAUCAAAGACAGCUUUAAAUAAGGGAAAAGCAUUAUUUCUUGAUGAUGUUUGCAAUAGAUUUACAAUUCAACAUAGUUUUAUGUCUCCUGAAACAUUUAAAAAUGCAUCUUCCAAGGGCAGUGCUUUAAAUGACAAUGUUUUGGAGGCUAAGCCUCCGCGCAGGUUAGACAAGAUGAAUCAAGUGAAUAGUCUUCUACCUAAACAGUAUUUAGCAUAUUGUGCUUCAAAUGAUAGCAGUAUAUCUGUAGGUGAAGCUGACUUGAAAUAUGCGGAAGAGAAAUAUGUGGAAAGUGAAUCUGGAGAAAGCAAAGUUUUAAUUCCAAGUACCACUGUUAAUAACCAAGUUAAUUUUACUGGUGAUACUGCGUUUGAGCUUCCUGAACAGUUUCUAAAAAGAGGAACAACUGCCUUCAGCACAGCAAGUGGUAAAUCUGUUCAAGUUGCAGAAGAAUCUUUAAAAAAAUGUAAGCAAAUCUUUGCUGAAGUUGCAGUCAGUGAGGAUGAGCUUAAAAUGUUCAGUGAUAAAGUUGUGAAGUCCAAUGGGAGCAGGCAUUCAGAUACCUCCUAUACAAAGGCAUCACUCGGUUUCAACACAGCAAGUGGGAAACCAGUUUUAGUUUCUGAUGUUGCUCUUCAGAAAGUUAAAUGUAUGUUAAAAGAAUUUGAAAUGAAUGAUAGUUCUCCAGGUAGCCCAAAGUGUGCAACAAGUCCACCUUUUGAUAAAGCUCAGCAAUUACAAUCAUCAGCUACUUCCUCGCUGUUUGCUGAUGCUACUGUAAACAAUGAACAUCAAGAUAAGGGAGCUGCAGAGUUAAUUCACAAAAUAUUGGAUGGCUGUCCAGAGAGGACUUCAAACAUGCAAAAUUCUGACCAAGUAGAAUUAAACAAAAAGAAAAUCGAUGAUCUUGAGGUUAACAGGCCUCCAAGAAAUUUGUCUACAUAUUUUUCAAAUACUUGUGUGCUUAUGUCAGGAUUUCAAACAGCUAAGGGUAAGGAAGUAAUGGUAGAAGAAAACAGUUUAACUAUGGCAAGAAUUCAGUUGGCUUCAAAUAAAAAUGAUAAAGUGAGUCAUUCUGCUGAGAAAUCUAAUACCCUUGCAGAAGGAGGAAUUAAUCCAGUUUGCAGCGCAAGUCAUGCUUCUACAUCAGUUCUGUGUGAAUUGAGAAGUAAUUAUGACGCUCAUCCCAAGAUACCAGAAGAAACUGUGAAGAGUUCCAAGGCACCAAUGGACCACAAUGAACAUUUAGAUUUUAUGUCAGGCAUGCCAUUCAGAGGCACCCAUGCUUUCACAGAUCAAAUCAUUGGACCUGAUUUAAGAACAGGGAAGAGAUCAAGAUUGGAGGAAAAAUUUACAAAAGAGGAACCUCUAUCAAAAAGACAACUGUUAUCUAAAUUUGACAACACUUUGCAGAGUGAUCACAGGUCUACUUUCAAACCCUUAAAAUGUAACCCUGAAGGAGCACUUUGUGAUCGAAGGAAAUUCAUGUACAAUAUUCCACUUAAGACUGUUAUUUCUUCUCCAUCAAAAGUCAAAAGUCUUUCGAACAAUAGUCAUCAAAUGAUUUCUCCUAACAUCACAAUCCCUAUCCAUGAAAAUUCAGUACAAGAUCAACAUCUUCAUUGUGAUGUUAAGUCAUCGAAAGGACAAAUUACAGUAUUUAAACCUCCAUUUCAUAGUCACUCUAGUGAUCACAGGCAGCUAUAUAAAUGCAGACAGAAUGCAUCAAAGUCAGAAAAAAAAUUUCUUCCUCCAUUUAAAUCUGGUCCAAAUGUGGAAAAGAUGACAGAUAUGGAGACUGUAAUUUCUCCAAUGGAAAAUGAAAGUGAAUCUAUUGCAAAAGCAAGUAACUACAGUGGAACUUUGCAAGAUGGUUGUCCAUUAAAUGAUUAUUUAACUUUAAGUGGAUAUCAUCAAGACCAACUCCAGUCAGUAAAUGGUACUUCAGAAGAACUUAAAGCCAACAAUGAAGGAUUUUCAAAGAUGGUUCAAAAUUGGCAUCAUGCUAGGAAUCUACAGGAAAUGCGGUUAAUGAAGAAAAAGAGGCAAACUACUCAUCCACUACCAGGGAGCUUGUACAGAUCUAAAACUUGCUCUUCAAAACUCUCUCUACGUGCAUCAGUUGAAGGAAAAGCUCCGUCUCAUUUUACAAAAGAAAAGUUGUACAGUUAUGGAGUCAACAGAAGUACUCUCCGUGUACAAGCAGAAAAUGCUGAAUCAUUCCAGAUCAACAGUCAAGAUUUUUUCUCUGAGGAAUUACUGAAUGCUAGCAAUGGUCUUUGGCUUGCAGAUGGUGGUUGUCUUAUUCCAGAUGACAAUGGAAUGGCAGGAAAAUUUGAAUUUUACAGAGCUCUUUUAGAUACUCCUGGUGUAGAUUCCAACCUGAUCAAUGAAGUUUGGGCCUAUAACCAUUAUAGGUGGUUAGUGUGGAAGCUUGCUGCUAUGGAGAUUGCUUUUCCCAAACAGUUUGGUGGCAGGUGCCUGACACCUGAAAGAAUACUUCUGCAACUUAAAUAUAGAUACGAUGUGGAGAUAGAUCAAAGUCGGCGAUCUGCCUUAAAAAUAAUCAUGGAGCGGGAUGACGUAUCAGCAAAAACAUUAGUGCUUUGCAUUUCUAAAAUAAUAUCACUGGGAUCAAGAUCAUCCCAAAACAGCCAAAAUUUUGAAGAUGAAGUUAAAGAUAAUACAACUCUAAUUGAGAAACAUGCCACAGGAUCAAAAAAGGAUAUGUCAUUUGCAAUUAUUGAAGUCACUGAUGGAUGGUAUGGAAUUAAGGCCCUUUUGGAUUCUCCGCUCACCAAUUUGUUACAAAAACGAAGACUUGUUAUUGGUCAAAAGAUUAUCGUGCAUGGAGCGGAAUUAAUAGGAUCACAGGAUCCUUGUUCACCUUUAGAAGCUCCAGAGUCCCUCAUGCUAAAGAUUUCAGCUAAUAGUACAAGACCUGCUCGAUGGUAUGCUAAGCUUGGAUUUCAUUGUGAUCCUCGACCUUUUCUGUUGCCACUAUCUUCUCUGUUUUGCGAAGGUGGAAUGGUUGGAUGUGUUGAUGUAAUUGUUCUAAGAAUUUACCCAGUACAGUGGAUGGAAAAAAGCAGCAAUGGGACAUAUGUCUUCCGGAAUGAACGGGCAGAAGAACGGGAAGCUCAGAUGCACUAUGAAAUUCAGGAAAGAAAGCUGGAGGUGUUGUAUACCAAAAUUGAAGCUGAGCUACAGGAUCAGGAUAGAGUUAACGAGAAGGAAAAGAGGGAACACAAAGUGCAGUUGUUAAGUGAGCAACAAAUCAUGAUGCUUCAGGAUGGGAAAGAGUUGUAUGAAGCAGUCCUGAAUUCUUCAGAUUCAUUAUCUGUUGAGGCUUGUUUUACUGAACAGCAGUUAAAAGCUCUGAAUAAUUACAGACAAUUGUUAAAAGAAAAACAACAGGUCUGGAUAGAGGCUCGAUUCAGAAAAGCAUUAGAGGAUGCUCAUGAUAACGAUAGCUGUGUAAAAAGGAAUGUCGUCCCAUUGUGGAAAUUAUGCAUUGUGGACUACAAAAGCCAUGAUAAUAAUGCUGUCUAUAUGUUAAAUAUCUGGCGCCCAAUUGCUGAAUUACGUUCCCUGCUAAAAGAGGGUAGAAGAUACCUGAUCUAUUAUCUAUCUGCUGCAUCAUGCAAGGGUCGGCAUAAUUAUGUUGAUCUGCAGUUGACUGCUACAAAGAAAACCAGGUACCAACAGCUGCAGGCAUCUUCCAGUGUGUUAAAUCAACUCUAUCAACCUAGGCAAGCAGUCGCAUAUAGUAUGUUGUGUGAUCAGUUCUUUAGAGCUGUCUGCAAAGAAGUGGACCUGGCAGGAUAUGUGAUCUACAUUUUGGGGAAAACAGAUGGACCUUCAACUGUGUAUUUGGCUGAUGAAAAUCAGGAUCUAGUAGCUAUAAAGUUUUGGACCAAUUUUAAACAGCUGGCUGUGGAAGACGUUAUCAAGCCAAGUGCCCUGGUUGUUGCAAGCAACUUGAAGUGGACAUCAGAGAGUUCCAUGGGUAUUCCUGUGCUGUUAGCUGGGGAUCUUUCCAACUUUUCUGCAAAUCCAAAGGAUGGACAUCUUCGAGAAAAAUACAUUCAACUAAAAAGUUCUGUCCAGAAUAUACAGAGUUUUGUCAAGGACACUGAAGAAAAGGUGAAGACUAUUCUUGGAAAAAUUGGUACUCCAAGGUCGAACAAAGACUCUGAUGACAUACUUACUCCGAACAAUAAAAAAUCCAGUAUCACUUCAAUCAGUGGCACCUUGCUUGUUUCACCAAGUGCUAAAAGAAAGCCACCCACACUAUCAACUACAGAAAAUGGAUCCAAAUCUACAAAGAUUACACCUGCUGAACCCCUCACAGAGCUGAAGAAAAGAAAAUUUAGUCUUUUGUCUCAAAUCCCUUCUCCUGUUCCAUUGCCUCACCUUCCCACUUGUGUCUCACCAUCUGUACAGAAAAAUUUUCGACCACCUCGGAGAUGUGUCACACCACAAGACUCUGAAGAAGCAAUUCAAAUGGGAAAUAGUAAACCUGUUCAUGUAUCAACUUUGAAAAAGACUGAAAUUUCCAAAAUAGCUGAGGAUAAUUGGGUUACAGAUGAGGAACUUGCAAUGAUAGAUACACAAGCACUUAUCAAAGGUUGGGGAAAUGGAGUCAGUGAAAAUGACAAAGAAAAACCUACAAGGACACAAAUCACCAGUUCAAAAGACAAUACUACUUUAUCCAAAAAUGUUAAGAACUAUCUUGGGACUCAGCUUACCAAAAUAUUUGAAGACAACUGGGUUACAGAUGAAGAACUUGCAAUGAUAAAUACACAGGCACUUUAUGAAGAGUGUUCUAAUGCCAGUGGUGUGAAGGACAGCAGAAAGUUUGAAAAGUCCCAUGUUGCCAAAUUAGCAGACCUUCCUUUGUUGCCACAAACUGCAACUGAUUUUAAUAACGAAUUAGGGAAUAAAGUUGCAAAAUUAGCUGAAGAUAAUUGGGUUCCAGAUGAAGAGCUUGCAAUGAUAAAUACCCAAGUUCUUUAUGAGCACUGGGCAAGUGAGAGUACUAAAAAAACAGAGAAAAAUAGAAAAUACACAAAUUGAGAGUCCUAAUGGUCAUGCCUUAAAACAAAAUCUUGAAUCUGAAUUUGAAACAGUUGGUGUUUCAGCAGAUAAAAGCUCACCUGUAGGAUCACAGUCCAAAAGAAGGUGUAAAGAUGAAGGUAGUACAAUAUCCAAGUAAGGUUAUCAGCCAGUUAAAGAAAGAUGCCACACCAUCAAGAACAACAGUAACAUUGAGGUAUAGAAAGGAGAUAAUUUAUUUGACAAGUAGGAUUAUUAUACAAAACUUUAAGUGAAAAUUGUAUCUUUUAUGCUGCACCCUGAUAUGUGUAUUACUUGGAGGUGAUUAUUUGGGUGUCAAUUUGAUUGUUGCUGUUUAUAAUUAAUAUGUUUAGAUAUUUUGUAAAUGUGGUUAGUGUAAGAAUGUAUCAACCUUAAAUAAACUCUUGUAUUUUAUAUGCUGCAGUUUUGUAAUUAAGCAUUCUUCAAUUGAGUUAAACAGAUGUUGAACUCAAGUGUGUUAGCUAUAGACCAUUACUGAUCCAAGUAAUAUUGCUACUUCCUACUAGUUGUAUUUUAAAGUAAGGGUGGACCUUAUCCAAGUUCCUCAUGUAGCUAUAGAAUGCCUACUACUGAUGGUAGAUACUAAUUAUGUAUCCAUUCCAAUCAUAAUUAAAGUAAAUUCAGACCCCAUAAGAUAUAGCAGCAGAAGUAAGGCAAUUUAGCCCAUUGAGUCUGCUCCGCGAUUCAGUCAUGGGCUGAUCAAAUUCUUCCAGUCAUCUCCGCUCCCCUGCCUUCUCCCCAUGCCCUUUAAUGCCCUGGCUAAUCAAGAACCUAUCUAUCUCUGCCUUAAAUACACCCAUUGACUUGGCCUCCACAGCCGCUCCUGGCAACAAAUUGCACAGAAUUAUCACCCUCUGACCCCGCAUAAUGUUGAUUCAUUUUUUAUGGAAAUUUUUUUAAUGACAGUUCAUUCGAAACAACACAAAACUUCUCAAGCAGCUGCCAUUACAGUAAACAUUCAAUUACCCAAUGAGAGUGCUUUGCAUGCACUCUGAGCCACCCAGCCAAUCACAUACUGUAUUAGUUCACACACUGCCACCUCUGCGUGUGUAAACAUUCUUGCUCCCUCACCAAUAUGUACCAUUUUUUUCACCAUAAUGUCUGGAAAAUGGCCUGCAACUAUCAGUGAGGGUAAUACCUCUAAGAGGUCUAGGAAAGACAUCAGCAUGAAUGUGAAACUGCAAGUGAUGCAGCAUUUGGAAGCUGGUGAGCAUCAGUUUGAUGUUGGUGCCUCUUUGAAAUUGGCUACAUUGACGAUCAGAACAAUUAUAAAGAAUGCAGAUGAGAUAAA